AUGGCGAUUCUGAAUCCGUUCCAGCUUUUAGAGCUGAACGUGAUUUCGGCGCAGGACCUUGCGCCGGUGUCGCGAUCGAUGCGGACCUACGCCGUUGCGUGGGUCCACCCUGACCGGAAACUGUCGACCCGGGUGGACACAUACGGCCACACCAACCCCACGUGGAACGACAAGUUCGUAUUCCGUGUCGACGAGGAUUUUCUCCAUACCGAUACCUCCGCCAUCAUGAUCGAGAUCUACGCCUUGCACUGGUUUAAGGAUGUCCAUGUCGGCACCGUCCGCAUCCUCGUCGGCAACCUCAUCCCCCCGCCCCGGGCGGGGUCGUCCUUCGGCCACGGCCACAGCCACAACAACUACAACCAGCUCGGAAUGCGGUUCGUCGCGCUGCAGGUCCGCCGGCCCUCCGGUCGACCGCAGGGAAUUCUUAACAUCGGUGUCGCAAUCCUCCACAGCGCCAUGCGGAGCAUGCCGCUUUAUUCCCAUCUGAGCAAUUCUGCAGUCGGGUACCGCGAAUUGAUGGGCGAAGAAGACCCGAUUCACCACCACAGCCACCACAACAACAGCGGAACUCCGCAGAGCAACAGCCAUGUUCUCGGGAUAUUGAAGGAGCUGCGGCGGACGAAGAGCGAUACGAGCUCCAUGAUAGGGUCGGAAAUUAGGGCAAGGGAGUUUAGGGGAAAGGGCAAAAAGGGAAAAUCGAGCUCGAUGGUUAACGGGUCGGAGACGGGGUCGAAGCUGCCGAGGAAUAAAGGGCGGUCGAAGGGGAGUUCGGUGGUCAGCGGCGGCGGAGGAGGGUCGGAAGUUGGGAAGAAAGGGAAGGGCAAAAAGGGAAAAGCGAGUUGUGUUGUUAACGGUGCUUCAGAAGUCGUUGUGGACCCGCCAAAUAAUAAUAAAAAGAAGGGCAAAAUUGGAAAUGCAAGUUCUGUUGUAAGCAGCAACUUGGAAGUCGCUGCCGAAAAGACAAAUUAUAAAAAAAAGAGCAAAACAGGAAAAGCGAGUUCUGUGAUUGACGGUUCGGAUAGUGUUGUGAGUGUGGGCCCGGACCCACCUAAGAAGGGCAAAAGUGGAAAAGUGAGUUCGAUAAUUAACGGUAAUUCGGAAGCUGAUGAGGAGUAUUUCCCGCCAAAAAAGGUUGUGGAGGUUAAGCCUAUUUUGAAGCCCUUGGUUGCAAUGGAGGCCGUUCCCCCGCCGGUGAAUAGCUCGCCGAAAGUGAAGCCGUCACCGAGAUUCAAUCUGAUGGAUCACGGUGGCGGCCCGUACAAAGCCACGCCGCGGCGGCAGCGGCAGCAAGGGAAAUCUCCGUUCCACAAUAGCAAGUUUCAGUCGCCGUACGAGUAUGGAACUCCAAGGAAGUCGACGCUGAUGGGCGGUGGCGGGAUGGUGUUCUUGACGGAGUCGGAGCUAGGGCCUUCCCCAUCGGAGGUGGCGGCUGCGCUAGCGAAGCAGCCUGCGGACGAGGCGGAGAGCUCGAUUGUCGGAGGGUGGAGCGUGGACGAGAGCGUCGAGGGGCUGCGGUCGAAGCUCGAGCGGUGGCGCACGGAGCUCCCCCCGGUGUAUGACCGUGGUGAGUUCUCGAGCUACCCGUCCACCGAGUCACACCACAAUCGGCGGCACACGGACGGCGGCAGCGGGCUGUUCUCAUGCUUCAGUAACAUCUGUGGGGUGGAAUGCUCCAUUGUCUGCGGGUCCGGCAGCGCUUCGGGUUCAAAGAGAAGUGGCAGUGAGAGAAUUAUUCGGAGCCCCUCGGCGGAAAAUCUCAAUUACAAGUAA